AAUUAAAGUGCUCGUAGAAGAGUGAGAUCUUGUUGGCUUGGCCCCUCCACCGCUGCAUGGACCAGACUGAUCUACCAUGCAGCACUCCUGUCCUGUUGAUCCCAGGCCAGCGGGCCAACCCUGAGGGGGUAGAGAUUGCUUCAGCUUGAAGGGCUGAGGAUGCAGCAAGUGAGCUGAGGAGGAGACUCCUGAGCCUGAAACACACACAUCCAGAGCUGCCGCUGUUGCUGCUGCUGCUGCUGCCGUUGCGCACUGCCCUCCAUCAGGGGGGACUUUCUAGUUGGCUUGGACCAUGAGCAAUGAGUCUACCGUCUGGAACAUCCUACCAGAAAACUCCACAGAGAUCCCCUUCGAGGCUGAGGAGCAGAAAGAUGGAUCUGUGCUCCUCUUAGUAAUCCUCUCCAUCUUCCUGGUAGCAACGCUGAUCUUCCUUUCCGUCUUUGCCAUCGCUUACCGUCGCUGCUGCCGAGGAGGGCAAUUCUGUGCCAGAGCCAGCGAUGACCCUGAGAAAACCCCAGCCUACAUGGAGGAAGCUCAGCCCACCCACGAAAUCACUAUCAGGGUGGAUGAGUCAGAGUGCCUGUCUAUGUCCAGCUCUCACGACCAAGAGACAGAGCGCUUCCUGUCCACGGGCCCCACCGGCCGCCGUGUCUCCUUCAAUGAGGCUGCGCUCUUUGAUCAUGGCAAGAAAACACAGGAGAAGGGCCGCAGGUACACUCUGACCGAGGGCGACUUCCAUCACCUGAAGAAUGCCCGGCUCACGAACCUCCACAUUCCUCCCCCAGCCCUUAAGAUAGUUACCAUCCAUGAGUGUGACUCUGCUGAAAAUACCAUUACCAUGACAACGCGCCCUGUUGCUAAGUCAGCACUUUCCAUCUUCCAGCCAAUGCUGUGUCCUCUUCCACAAACAGCCUUGACAAGCUUGAGUGUAAAUCCCAGCGGAGCCCUCCCUGGAGAUGCUCUCAACUCUGUGGUGGACACCAGCUUCUGUGAGAGCAAUGUGGGUCUUGGCACCAAAGAGCCAAGCUCCAUCUCUAUUGAGAUGAUGGCAGUGGGGCCCCGAGGCAGAGGCAGCAGUGUCAGUGUUGGCAAAGGGGACUUGGUGGGUAACGGCUCCUCUCCUGGCGGCAGCGCGGGGAGCCCGAGGCCCGUCCUGCAGUUCCUCACAAAACUACGGCGGCAUGCUAGCCUGGAGGGGGCCAGUCCUUACUUGAAGAUAAAGAAAUGGAAGCUGGACAGCAGCCAGAGAGCCUCCAGUCUGGACACAAGAGGAUCUCCAAAGAGGAGGCAGUUCCAGCGCCAGAGAGCCGCCAGUGAGAGCAUGGAGCAGGACGACAAUGAUGCCCACCACAUUGACCUCAUUCAGUAUAUCGCCCGCACCCAGGAUGUUCCCUACCGUUCAAGCCAGCCAACUACCCACCUCCUCUCGUCUCCGUCCCCGCCACCCACUUCCCUCGGCAGGGUAGAGGUAGAGGUGAUGGUAGAGCCCAGCUACAGCCAUGGUGGACCAGGGGUGAUUGGCCUGUCCCCUGAUCCCCAAGAAGAAGUACUCUCCGUGGUAAAGAGGGAGAGUGGCAACCUCCCGGACGCCCUCCAACCCCAGGAUCCCCAGUCACUUUACCGAGACAUUUGGACACUACGUGCAACACUUGAACAGUAUGCAGCCUCUGACCAGAGCAGCAACAACGACAGGAACUCAGUCUGCAGUGAUGCUGACAGUGUGUGCUCGCUGGGCGGCCGCACGGACACAGAAAGAGGAGGGCUUCCUAGCUAUCCAUCUCAGGAUUUAGGGGAUGAAGCAGAGGCUGGAGAGGAUGACAAAGAGUUCUUUGUGUAUAUGGAGGAAAAGUUGGCACAGGAGUCAAGAAAGAGGAAAGAAGGAAGCACAGAAUCAGGGGGUAGUGAUGGAGAAUCAGGGACUCGUAAGUUGUUACAGAUGGACAGUGGCUAUGCGUCAAUAGAGGUUCCGUCUCGGGGUCCAGAAGACUUGCGACUGUUUGGGAGCAGUAGUAUUACUGGCAGCCCAAAGGAAAGAACAGCUCACGAGAAAAGGCACCAUUUUACCAAUGCAGGGCGAACGGGCACGAUCGGGGAAAGUUUUGAGUCUCAUCUCUUUGAGGAGGAACCUGAAGAUGAGUCAUUACUGGGUGCCACUAAAGUAGUUUCCAUUGAAACAGGUGCUGGUUCAUUGAGCUGGUUGCCAUACGGCCAGAUGCUCACACCUCGAGAGGCUGUGCAACCUGUGCAACCUUUGCCACAGCCACUAACUUUGCACCAUCGCGACUACAGCAUAGACGAGAAGACGGACGCUCUCUUCCACGAGUUUCUCCGUCAUGACCCUCAGUUUGACCAGCAGGAGUCCCCGAGAAAGCACCGCUCCCGAAUCCACCUACGCAAGCAGUGGCAGCGCCACAAACAGUGGAGCGACCCUGGUGUCAGACACUUCCAAUCCUCCUUCGAAAGACAGCGAACCCCACUCCGGAGGGGGGACAGCGUCAAUUACCCCCUCGACACAAGCUACCACAGUACACUGCCCCGCAUCGUCAGUGCUCCUGACGAGGAGACCAGCGACGGAACAGGCAGCACUCCCGAAACUCCAAAGGUAGAGUCAACGACAAUGCGGAAUGUAGGAAAGAACAAGAAGCAGGGCGUCGCCUUCACAGACUCUGGAGUCCACACAUCUCACUCUCCUCCACCACUUCAUCCCUCCAUCUCUGGAAAAGAUGGAGGGCUGAUUGGGCAUGCUGACUCUCAGGAGGACGGUAAACGGUACGUGCAUCCUCCCGACCCCCUGGACGAGCGCUCGCUCCCCCAGCCACCUGAUUCCUCGGGCUACGGACCACAAACUAUCACAGCAGAGCUCACAGACAAACUGACUUCUAAUCUGAAUGAGAGGCUUUACACAAGCCUUCGCAGGACCAAGGACACAGCCACAGAGUGUGUGACAAUGACAGCCACACAUGCCUCUCCAGACCACAGCCCAGUGUAGCAGGGCGUCAUUCCUCCACCUUGUCAGGCUCAUUUCUGGACAUUUCUGUUUGAUUUGUCUUCAAUUCUUUAUGUGUAUAGCUUGAAUGAUGAGCUCUAGACCCAUGAAGACACUGCAAAGAUCUGCUUUAAAUCAUUCAAUAAUUAAAACAGCACAAAGGAAAUAAUGACAGUAUUAGCUCAAUAUGUCCCUUAUAGACCUGGAGGGGAAGUUGCCUCUAAGACACUGCCCAAGAUUCACCAUCUCCCGCUCGGUCACUCACUUUUUUCUCUUGCCCGAGUCUUUUUUGAGACUUUCUUGAGUCCUGUUGCCUCGGCUACUGCUGGACAAUGAUGUCCACUGUAGCUCUGUGAGUAGUUUCAUUAUUGUUGAAGUGUGCCAUGAGGUUAUACACAGUUGCUGCAAAAGAAUAUUUGCUGAUAGUACAGAUGAGAGACUGCCAUAGCUAGAUGACAGUUUGUAAAAGUAACUUAUACUUAUUCCUUCAGGUGAACUUGAAACUGAGAUUUUAACCUGAAAAACACCCCCUUUUGUGCUGCGUUAGACGUACAAACCACUUUAUCCGUUUGGAAACGGAUUCAUGAGAAAUCCGCCAGUGUUAUUAUUACAAAGGUGUUUUAUGUUUCAUUUUUAAGUUUGCUGAUGAACAAAUAUGUAAAUCAAAAUUUGAAAAGGAUAG